UCGCGACGUGAAAAAGAAAACUUCAAGCGGGUGAAGCCCCGUCGGGAAGGAACGCAGGACAGCGCGGAGUGCGGGGCCGCGCGUUGAAGACCACUUCGCUCUCGGGGAUGCGACUGGGACGAGGACUAUGCGCGAGAACGACAUUCUCGAGAUGGACUCCGUCUCCUACACGGAGGAGUUGGAGGGGGACACUGAACUUGGCAUGAUAGACGAAGUCGUUUAUCCUGAGGAGUUCUUACCAACCUACCAGUCUAUUAAAGAAGGAACAAGAGUAGCCAAAACACAACUGGCCGAGUUCAACGACAAACCCGACUCCUUAUUCUUCAAUGAUGGUGUGAGGCGGAUCGAUUUCAUGCUGGUCUAUGAAGAUGAGGAGAAGAAGGAGUAUGACAAGAGGCACAUGUUCCAGCGACGCAAGAGACGGCGAGAGUACUUUGAGGCCAGCUUGAUGAAGAUGGGGAUUGAGCUGGAGGCCACACAAUCUGUAGUAGAUGAUAAACUGAUGUUCGUCAAGGUCCACAUGCCAUGGGAUGUGCUGUGCACCUACGCCGAGGUCCUGCACAUCAAGCUCCCUAUCCAGCCCAACGACCUGGCCUCCCGCCCCUCCCCGUGGCGCUUUUUCUCCUGCAUCACCAAGCACUUCUACCCCAACGAGGAGCUGAUCAGCAGGGAGACCGAGUUCUUCACCGCCCCCUUUGAGAAAGACCGUCUGGAAUACUUCUACAUAAAGGACAAGGAUGUCUUCUUCACUCCAUCCAUGAGAAGCAGGAUGGCAUAUUACAUCCUUAGUCGUGCCCCCUAUGAAAUAAGAGGAAAUAUGAAGAAGUUUGGCAUCACCAAACUGCUGGAUGGUGGAGUGUACAAAGCUGCUUAUCCCCUCCAUGAUUGCCGGUUCAAUGUCAAGUCCACAGAGAAGGACUGCCCCAAUGAGAGAUUUCUACUCUAUCAAGAAUGGGCUCAUCCCAAAAGCUUCUACAAGAUGCAGCCACUUGACCUAAUAAGGAAGUAUUAUGGGGAGAAGAUUGGCAUUUACUUUGCCUGGUUGGGUUUCUACACAAUAAUGCUCGCUCUGGCUGCUGUUGUGGGACUGGGUUGCUUCAUUUAUGGAUACAAGACUCAAGAAACCAGCACCUGGAGCAAAGAGGUGUGCGACCCUGAGAUUGGAGGAAAUAUAGUGAUGUGUCCGCAGUGUGACAGGUUCUGCAAUUACUGGAGGUUAAACACCACUUGUGAAGCAUCAAAAAAACUUUGCAUAUUUGAUAACUAUGGAACCCUGGUGUUUGCAGUUUUCAUGUCAAUUUGGGUAACUUUGUUCCUGGAGUUCUGGAAACGUUACCAGGCAGAGCUGGAGUACGAGUGGGACACUGUGGAGUUUCUGGAGCAGGAAGAGCCGCGUCGCCCAGAGUAUGAGGCCAAGUGUAUCUACGAGAGAAAAAAUCCUGUCACAGGGGUAAAAGAAAAAGUGCCCUAUACAACCUGUGGACGGUGUGUUCGGGUGUCAGUAGGAAUCGGGACAGUCCUAUUCUGGAUUCUGUUGAUCCUUGCGUCCAUUGUGGCCAUCACUGUCUACCGCCUGGCUGUUUUCUUUACAUUCUCAACUAGACUCAGAAGUCAGGAGCUGAAGGAGUUGGAGCCAUUAAAGGAGUACGUGACACCUCAGAUGGCCACUUCUGUUACAGCUUCCCUCAUCAGCUUUGUUGUAAUUAUGAUCCUCAAUAUUCUCUAUGAGCGCGUCGCCAUCUGGAUCACUGACUUUGAACUUCCACGGACCAAGACGGACUACGAGAACAGCUUAACCCUGAAGAUGUUCCUCUUUCAGUUUGUCAACUACUACUCUUCCUGUUUCUACAUCGCCUUCGCCAAAGGGAAAGCAGUUAGCUAUCCUGGAGAGCCCGUUUAUCUUUUGGGAAAAUAUCGCAACGAGGAGUGUGAUCCUGGUGGUUGUCUGUUUGAGUUGACGACGCAGCUCUCUAUCAUCAUGGGCGGCAAAGCCAUCUGGAACAACAUCCAAGAGGUCUUGCUACCGUGGAUCAAGAAUUUGAUUUUCCGCCACUGCAACCGUGCGGCCUAUGAGAAGGUGAUUCCUCGCUGGGAGCAGGACUACCAGCUCCAGGCCAUUUCAAAACUAGGACUGUUCUAUGAAUAUCUUGAAAUGGUCAUCCAGUUUGGCUUUGUGACAUUAUUUGUGGCCUCCUUCCCUCUGGCUCCGGUCCUGGCUCUGGUCAACAAUCUGUUUGAGAUACGCGUUGAUGCUUGGAAAAUCACCACUCAGUUUCGCCGCAUCGUGCCAGAGAAGGCCCAGGAUAUAGGGGCCUGGCAGCCCAUUCUUCAGGGCAUCGCCAUCUUGGCUGUUGCAACAAAUGCCAUGAUCAUUGCUUUUACAUCAGACAUGAUUCCACGCUUGGUCUACUACUGGUCUUUCUCUGUGUACCCAUAUGGAGAUCACUCUAACACCAUGGAGGGCUAUAUCAACAGCUCGCUGUCUAUAUUCAACACCAGCGAUUUCUCCAGCCAAAGCAAGCCCAUUACAGAUAACAGCACACUCAUCACCACCUGCAGGUAUCGGGAUUUUCGGUAUCCUCCGGGGCAUCCCAGACAGUAUGAGCACAAUGUCUACUAUUGGCAUGUGGUCGCAGCAAAAAUGGCUUUUAUAAUUGUUUUAGAGCACAUUGUUUACCUUACCAAGUUCAUCCUGUCCUACAUGAUCCCAGACGUCCCAUACGCUGUCAAAGAACGGAUCAAACGAGAGAAAUACUUGACCCAGGUUAUCCUCCACGAGACCAACCUCAAGCUGGUGACCAAACGUUUGAAACCAGUCGAUGACGAGACUCUCGAGCACACAGAAGUGCAAGUGGGAAAGGAGGAGAUGGAGCUUGAUUUCUAACACGACUACCCAGCACUUGCCCGCACGUAUUUAAAUACUGACAACCCCCGUGCGAACCAGUUACAAAUUAAGACAAAAAAUAAGGUAUGGACUUUCGUUAAGGAAAAUGCGUAGCAACCAGUAAGACAGAGUUGACGAAGUUUCUUAAGGUGUUAUUGGACAAAGAAAGGAAAAACCACUGUUGUCUGCUCUUCAUCCGUUCAACACGUCCUGAAGCCAAUGACAGCUGACAGCGCCAGUGCAGAAACUAGGGGUGGGACAAACAAUUGAUACAGCAGCCUAUUGCACUACCUUCUCCAUACAUUGGCACAAAGUGUCCCAGUUUUGGUGUUAGAGUUGGAGUCUGGCAAUAAUUGAUCAAAUUUGAAUUCUUAGUCUAUUUAGCUUUGUUUUACGCACAAAAAGUGACACAUUAAGAGAAAUGAAACCUUUAGCAGAUAGGUUACAAUUUUAGCUUAAUGGCUAGCUGUUGAUUUUUAUGCAACCUGAUUUGGAUGUAUGAGCAAAGGGAAGCAGGGAAAUCGGUGCCUUACACUGUGAAGUUUCAUACUAAAUAACAAAAAACAAUUUGGUGGAUUAAGCAUGAAAAAAACCUCCUCUUACUGGUUUUUUCCAGGGCCAUCAAUCAUAUCUCCUGGUCUUAAUCAGCAGAUAGAAAUUUGCUCAGUUGUCAUAAAAAUGAAUUUUUUUACACUCAAGCUCAGUUAGUGUUAAGAUUUCAUCCAGGGAACUUGUAUGACUUCUGAACUAUGUUUGAUAAGAUACAAUAUGGAAGCUUCGGAAAAAGCUACUAAGUAUACCUUGAGUUGGAAUUUUUUUUUUUUGUUGUUGUUGUUUUUUUGCCAAAACAUUUAGUGUAUAAUCUUACACUAGGUGUCUUCUGGAUUUACGACUACUUAAAAUUAUAGCUUAGCUAUAUCAGCCCGUAGGACUGAACCUGUCUCGCAUUAUCUCACUCCGUGCUUUAAACUACAUGACGGGGGAUAAAAGCUUUUACACACAGGCAAUUCACUGCUUGGUAAGUGCCACUGCCGGGUGAUUGUUUUAGUUAAAUGUUGUCCUAAAAUAUCAGUAUUAUUAUAUACAAAACCUUUACGGCAGUUAAGCCUUUGAAUGCAGUGUUGAUAAUUAAGUGUUUUUUACACUUCAAUCUGUUAUUAGAACUAAAGAGGUGUAGUGAUCUGUCAGACAGCUCCCUAUCUUACUAAAGUUGUGAGACACGUGGCCUUAGAAUAGACACGGACGAACCUUUCACUGCAUCUGUUGAUUAAAUUUGCCUCAAUUUACACUCUAUAAGCAUUUUUCAUUGCGUUACUUUAGAGACAAUUCACUUUCGGUUCAGUCGAUUAAGGUAAAUUAAAAAAGUAAAUUAAAUGAUCACAGCCAUGUGAAGCGGUUUAGUUGAUGAUGUGAGUACAGUCUGUCUCUUUCUUUAUGCAUGUACUCUCAUCUCAUCUCAUCUCAUGUUCUGUUUUGCACUUUUUAGAGUUACAGUCUCGUGCCUUGACCACUAUACAAUAUUUUGACUUCAUGUGGUAUCCUGUGUUAUAGGCAAUACAGUAAUUUAAUCUUCUCCUGUGUCAUUGCUGAUAUCUUAGACCAAUACAUCUGCUAUAUUAUUGCCUCGCCUUGUAAUUCAAACAAUGGUACUAUAACCAACAUGUAUGUAAAAAGUUUCAUAUCCCAGAAAUAUCUGACUAUGCAUAUCUAUGUUGUAUUUUGUUUUAUAUAG